ACUCGGGCCCCGCCCCUGGAGACGCGCCGCCGCGGCGAAGGCCUCUCCCACCAGCGGAGUGUAUAGGAACGGGGCGGCCGGGCUUGCGGCCCCACGGCCACCAUGAAGCUAACUCGAAAAAUGGUCCUGUCCCGAGCCAAAGCUUCGGAGCUGCACAGCGUGCGGAAGCUCAACUGCUGGGGCAGCCAGCUCACAGAUAUUUCCAUAUGCCGGGAGAUGCCCAGCCUGGAAGUGAUCACACUCAGCGUCAACAGCGUCUCCACCCUGGAACCUGUACGUGGCUGCCGACGCCUGAGUGAGCUGUACCUGAGGCGGAACCGUAUCCCCAGUCUGGAUGAGCUGUUCUACCUGAAGGAUCUACCACACCUCAGGGUGCUGUGGUUGGCUGAGAACCCGUGCUGCGGCACCAGCCCGCACCUUUACCGCAUGACUGUGCUACGCAACCUACCCCACCUGCAGAAGCUCGACAACCAAGCUGUGACCGAGGAAGAGCUAACUCGUGCACUGAUGGAGGGAGAUGAGAUCACUGCUGCCCCAGGCAGAGAGGACGCAGGCAAUGGCUGUCCCAAGCCUUCCUACACCCUCAGCUCUGUCAGCUCUACAACUGAGACCAGCCAGGGCCUGCUGAGCUACACAGAGGACACAGAAGUCCAGGACCAGACUGCUGGAGACCAGUCUCCUUCCUUCUCACAGAGGGAUGCUUUGAGGAGUCACAAAAAUAGGAACAUCCUGACUGCCAUCUUGCUGCUGCUGCGGGAGCUGGACACAGAGGGGCUAGAGACUGUCCAGCAGACUGUAGGCAGCCGGCUACAGGCGCUGCACAGGCUGGAGCCCCAGGAGGACAUGGAGUGACUUCCUGUGCCCCAGUAUCUGGACCCUGUUGUAGCCUGUGGAAACACAGCUCCACCUGGAAAGCCUCCCUCUGGGUUCCCGACACCAGCCCAGUGCAGGAGCAGUGGCUGCCAGCUGGGCAGACCCCUCUCCUGUGCCUAGGACUGGCAGAGCUGCUGCCCACCAGCAUGGGCCCUGAGACUCACCAGCUGAGGCCUUGAGGAUCUGGGCACUCCCUGACCCUUCCUCAAGGGAAGACUGUACGAGCCAUACCCUCCAAUAAAGCACUUUGUUUGGGCUGGAA